CACCUUUUCCUUUUCUUCUGCUUGUGCUGUCAUGCGUGGAGCGGUGUGUUUUCGUGCAGCUCCGUUUCUCUGAGUGCUCACACUAACCCUCCCGCCCCGGCUCAGCCUCUCCACAGAUGCACUUGCGCGUCCGGGGGUGAAACACACAGCGGUGCGACAGGAUGAACGGCUACGGCUCUCCGUACCUGUACAUGGGGGCUCCGGUGUCCCAGCCCCGGGCCCCGCUCCAGAGGACACCGAAGUGCGCGCGGUGCCGGAACCACGGCGUGCUCUCCUGGCUCAAAGGUCACAAGCGUUACUGCCGCUUCAAGGACUGCACGUGCGAGAAGUGCAUCCUGAUCAUUGAGCGCCAGCGCGUCAUGGCGGCGCAGGUGGCGCUGCGCAGGCAGCAGGCCAACGAGAGCUUGGAGAGCCUCAUCCCGGAGUCCCUCAGAGUACUCGGCCCCGGGAUCGGCUUACCCGGGGGCCCCGCAGAGGGCAACCAGGGAGCCCCGCCGAGGAGCGACGAGCUGGAGCUGAGGUGGAGCGGCGGCGCGGAGCCGGGACAGACCGGAGCGCAGACCUGCACAGAUCCCACAGAGGACGGUCCCGAUGAGGCUUCAGGGCCAGAGAACGGAAGCAGCUCCAGUGAGAAGGAGCAGGACCCGGUGAGCUCCCCAGAGGGCUCAAAACCAAACUCCUGCUACACCCCCGAGCCCCCGGAGACCCCGGCCCACCUGGAGGAGACCCGCUACAGCCUCCCCAAACCCGGCAGUGCCGACAAGGAGGUCACCAAGUCUGAGAGUCCGCACAAGUGUCCUGUGAGCCCCGGAGAGCAGAGUGUGCUGAUCGAGGGUCUGUCCGGGUCCAUCAGCCUCCCCUUCAGCCUCAGAGCCAACCGGCCGCCCCUCGAUGUCCUCAAGAAGAUCUUCCCUGCGCACAAGCCCCCCGUCCUGGAGCUGAUCCUCCGUGGCUGCGGCGGGGACCUGGUCGGGGCCAUCGAGGUGCUGCUGUCCAGUCGGAGUCCAGACGGGAGCGCGCAUCCGCACGCAGACCCGCACCCGGAUGCGGCGCUGGUCCUGCCUUCGAACGGACACCUGUUCGAACACGCCCUGGGCUCCUACCAUCCGGUGUCCUCCUCCGCCAAGUGGUCCGUGGGCUCCGCUUUCCGGGUGCCAGACUCCCUCCGGUUCACGUCCGAGUCCGCUUCAGGGGUGGUGUCCACGGGCCCCCUGGGUGUACCCCUUCAGCACCCAUCCUUUCCCCAACCCACGCGCUACCCGCUCAUGCUGCGGAACUCCCUGACGCGCAGCCAGGGCAGCCCGUUCGUCCACAACGACGUGACUCUGUGGAACACCGUUGCCCUUCAACAGCAGUACCAGCUCCGGUCCGCAGCCCAGUACGUGUCGCCGUUCUCCCCGGCAGCAGGAGCUCCCGCAGGGCCCGGAGGGUCCGUGUUCCGGGGCUCCCCCAUCCUCCCGUCCAGGCCCGCGGAGGAGCCGCGCAUAAGCAUCCAGGAGGAGAACUGCGCACUGGGGGCCAAACCGGGCCUGUACUCCCCGGACGACGAGUACGAAGAGCGGUCUGACUCCGCGGACUCCCGGAUCCUGAACUCCUCUGCCUGAUGCGGAUGAGGGACUGAGUCAGCAUCAGGGGACGGAGAGGGAUCAGGGCCACACGGACCAGAAGAGAGUCUGAAUAUUCUGACGAGGAAAAAAAGCUAUAAUAUUUCAAGAAUGAAGUCAUAACUGUAUGAGACUGAAGGACUAAAAAUUGGAGAAAGAGUAUAAAUGCUAGAACAGAAAAGUAAUAGACCAUUUGAAGAAAAACAUCCAAGCAGCAGUCUGAGUGUAGCCAGCAGGGUUAGGACUUAUUGGGAUAGUCUGACUUUAUUCUUGAGAUAUUACAACACCUCCUCUGAGAUGUUUCAGAUGUGUCCGGUGUGCCACAGCAGAUGGAAGAGCAAAAACCGUCUUGUGUAUAAAGCGGGUUAUGGGGGGUAUCAGUGUCCUGUCUGAACUGAACUCCUCUGAUCAGAUGAUGUCAAUCCUGUUCCAUCAUCCAUCACACUUGGAGAUGUCAUGUUGAUAUGACCAAAACAGAUGAAUGUAACAGACUGAACCUCAUUCUCUUUGUUUUUGAAAGUCUCAUCUAUUGCUAUCAGCAUGUUUAAUAAACUGUGACAAGUUUCAGUGUAAGGAUCACCACUGCAUGUCAAGCGUAUGCCAAAUAAACCUGAGUCGUCCCAAUGGACCACAGUGUUGUCUUUAAUGUGGACACAGAACCAUGGGCAGGGAACCAAUGGGCCUUGACAUAUUUGGGCUGUUGCCAGGUUUGGGGGGUUUGUGGUCAGUGUUGAAACAGUAGGAUAUGUUACAAUGCUGAGAGUAGGGCGUCCCACUUUAUUUUGUCCUGUGCCCCAUGUUCUACAUAUUAAUUUUAAAGAGAACGGAUGAGUUCAAGCAGAAUAAAUCCUAA